AUGGCAGCUUUUGCUCUUUCGUCUCCCUCUAAUUCCUUGUACAGAUCUUCCUUCUCUCCGAUCCCCACCAAAACAGCACCCGCUCCUCGAUUCAGGGUCUCUGCCUCGGCCGCAGCGGUCGUCAACGCCCCGGCGGCGCCGGCCACCAUUUACGACCUGCUCUCGGUGUCACACACCGCUGGCGCCAGCGAGAUCCGCGCGGCGUACCGGCGGCUAGCCCUGCGGUGGCACCCGGACGCGUGCCGCUCGGCGGGGGAGGAGCGCUUCUACGCGGAGCGCUUCAUCGAGGCGCGGGAGGCCUAUGAGGUGCUCUCCGACCCCGCAGCGGUCGGCGCUGGCCCGGCCUUCCGCGAGGGCCACGGUCGGCGGCGAGAGGCCAGCGUGACGGUGUUCGGGAAUUGGGACGCGCAGCUGGACGGGCUCCGGCGGCGAUCGACCGUGACGGAGGCUGACGGGGAGGAGACUUGGGGCGGCCGCGUGAGGAGGGCCACCCGCGGCGCCGCGGAGACUGCUGUCUAA